CAAUAUAUGUGUAUAUAUAUAUGCCUUUCAGUACCUUCCUCUGACUUCACAACUAAAACUCCAUGCUGCCACAAGAACCAGCAAGAAAAAAAACAAACAUACAGAAAGAUAACACAUAUAAGAAAUACUUUGCAAAAUCACCUAAGAUGCCCAUGAACAAAAUACUACGCAUUGUAGUGACCCUGCUAGUGCUAGAGAUACGACUUGGUUAUAUGGAAGAUCCCAAGGAGCUAAACCAAUGCUCUGGUUACCCAGGAAUCCCAGGGUCUCCUGGUAACAAUGGGUUACCUGGAAGAGAUGGGAGAGAGGGGAGGGAUGGAAAAGAAGGUGAAAGGGGAGAAAAAGGGGAAGCUGGUGUCCAGGGUCCUCCAGGGAAUGAUGGACUCGUUGGACAAAUGGGACAGAAAGGGGAUAAGGCAGAACCAGGGCCCAGAGGAGAACAUGGUGUCAGAGGGCCUCCAGGAAAAGCCGGACCAUUUGGGUUAAUGGGCCAACAAGGUGACAAGGGAGAAUCUGGCCCUCAAGGUACAUCAGGUGAAAGUGUCCAGGGUCCCCCAGGAGACACAGGAUCAACAGGACCAAAGGGACAGAAAGGGGACCAAGGGGAUCCGGGACCCAGAGUUGCAUCUGUGGAGCUGAGGCGUAUUACUGAAUUAGAGGAAGAGAUUAAAAAACUGAAGGACAGUUACUCAAAUCUUGAAAAACGUUUCAUUUUUACAUUAUGGAGCAGAAGUGGUAAUAAAUUUUUUGGAACUAUGAAAGUCUCAGCCACUUUCGAAGAUGGCUUGAAAUUUUGUACUGGAGUCGGUGGACAAAUUGCCACUCCGAGAAACCAAGCUGAAAAUGAUGGCCUCCGUGACAUUGCCAAACAAGUUGGAAAUGUAUUUAUAGGAGUGAACGACCGAAGAAGAGAAGGGGUGUUUGAAGAGUUAAAUGGAAAACCUAUAGCGUUUUCUAAAUGGCAGCGUGGUGAACCCAACAAUGAUAAAGGGGAAGAAGACUGUGUUGUUCUGGUUUCUGACGGGAUGUGGAAUGAUGUACAAUGUGGAACAUCUAACAUAAUUGUUUGUGAAUUGUAAAAUAACCUGUAUCUGUAAAUACAGGUAUGUGUCAUAAGGAAAAAGUCAUUUGAAAUAAGUAUUUGAGGUCAAUUUUACAUUAAUAGAUAAAGAGAAGAAUAACUUUCAAACAUAAUAUUGAGAAAUAGGGACAUCUGCUGUGAAAUUCAGAAACUGCAACCCCAGGUCACUAAUAUCAAUGUGCAAAAUGAGAAUAUCAGGCUGUGUAAACACACAGUCAACACAUCCCUUUGCACUUCCUGGAAUGCUCAUGAUUCAUGAAUACACUUUUUAUGUCUACUUAAUUAUCAGAAAAUCAAAUACCAUGGAGUACCAUGAUUAGUUGUGCUUUACCGUGAUGUACCUAUGCUUUUGCUAUAUUAAAUGCCAUAGAAUACCA